AUGAGCGGCCAGGUAUACUUGAACCCAUCGCGAUUGUCCAUACUAUCAAUACCAAGAGACAAAGUUUGGUUAUUCUCCUCUGCCAUUUUAAAACUUCUACAUCAAGAAGCAAAACAAGCUCCGCAAUCAAAUUUCAAGUCCGAUUCUAAAAAUGAUCAUAGUACCUCUGAAGACCUUCUGGAUCUGGAUGCCGGAUUUACUGAUGACAGCACACUGUAUGAUAGUGAAGAAAUUAGCAAGAUGACGUCAAGUACACUUUCUGAAUUAUCUCUCAAAGCAGAUCUUUCUGUCUCUUUGCCGCUGAUAUCCGAUGAAGACCAUCAUUUCUUCCACAUAGCGUAUACACCCAGUGAGUGCACAGUCAUAUUAUCAACAUACUUGAGCUCUGAGCUCUUUAUGAAACCUCUUUCCGUUUGCAAAAAGCUAGGGUACAGCGAUGUUAUUUUGCUAGAAAAGUCUUAUUUAAAUUUACAGGUUGAUAGCGAGGGUGAAUUCAAUAACUCUGCCAAGAUAUUGGAGCUUACAAAACCAUUUUCUCAACACAACAUUUCCCUUUUCUUUUUAUCGACUCACUUCACGAAUAUUGUGUUGAUUCCAUAUGAUCUUAAAGAUCAGGUGAUCGAAAUCCUAACUGAGAACGACUUUGUUUUCUCUGAUGUUUCGAAUAGUUACAUUCUGAGUCAGAACUAUUCAAGUCUUUCAAAGACUUAUCCUAAAGACACAGUUGUGUGUCCUGCUACUAGUGAAGUAAACAGAAGAGAUACAAUGAACAUCUUAGCGGACACUAAAAUCACGCCAAGAAUCCACCGAAAAGUCAAAUUACUUUUGACGGGAGCUCGUCCGGGACAAGUCAAACAAAGUAUUGUAAAAGCUUCGCAAACAAUUGCGGCUGACGCUGUUCCUGAUUAUUUUGCAAUCACAAGGUCUUCGUUCAAUGAGAUUUCAUUAAUUCUACCUGGAUCGUCCAAGCAACGGGCACUCAUGGGUUUUGAUUUUCGAAGUAUUAUAGGAUCUGCUCUGGACGUCAUCAUUCCAGUCACGGUAGACUUGUCCAAAUUACCCAUUGACUCUGCCGGAAUUGUUGCUGGUUUAGCCAGCAGCUUGUGGGAGAGUGUGCGGUCUCUUAACGAGCCUGCUACCGAGAGAUUUGAUAUGAAUUAUCUAUCUAUGGCAAGAUCAGGUGUCAUAAUGAUUCCUCGGGAAAACCUUGAUGUUGUCACGCGAAUGGUUAAGAAUAUGAGAACAGAUUUGAAGAAUAAUGUUACAAUAUAA